AUGAUUGGGUACUCUGAAAACCUAACUCGUUUGGGAUUUGUCCUUAAACAAGAGCUAGUCGUUGAUCUUGUCCUGCAAUCGUUGCCUAAAAGUUUCAACGGUUUUGUCCAGAACUUUCUAAUGAAUGACAUGGACAAAGCGCUUCCACAGCUUGCAGCUAUGUUGAGAACUGCUGAGAAAAACAUGAAGGGAAAAGGAAAGGCUGCUGCCAUUUUAAUGGUUAAUAAUGGCAAGUUCAAAAAGCACCAUAAGAAGCCUAAUAAGUCUAAGGGAAAUGGCAAAGGCAAAGCUGUUGCCAAGCCAUCAACCAAAGCUUUGAAGCCUACUGGAGGCGUGGCUAAGGAUGGUAAGUGCUUCUACUGCAACAACACUGGGCAUUGGAAGCGAAAUUGUGCCAAGUAUCUGGAAGAUAAGAAGAAUGGAAAUGUUCCUACUACUUCUGCAGGUAUUGUUGUUAUAGAAAUUAAUAUGUCUACUUCUACAUCAUGGGUAUUAGAUACUGGAUGUGGUUCUCAUAUUUGUACUAAUGUGCAGGGUCUGAGAAAGAGUAGAGCAUUGGCAAAAGGCGAGGUCGAUCUAAGAGUUGGCAAUGGAGCAAAGGUUGCUGCUUUAGCUGUUGGAACUUAUGUAUAG